AAAUAAUAUUCAUUUGUAGCAAAUUUCAGAAAUAAUACACCGUCGGGGUGGUGGAACCCGAAUUCACAAAAUCGGGUUAGAGAAACCCGAAUGGGAAAAGUCGGGUUAGAGAACCCCGAUUUUAGGAAAACAUGUGCUGCGCCAGAACAAACCAGAAAAAAUCGGGCUAGGUGAACCCGAUUUUGGAAAAUCGGGCUAGGUGAACCCGAUUUUGAAAAAUCGGGCUAGGUGAACCCGAUUGCACUGAAUCGGGCUUAUUGAACCCAAGCAGCAAUUUUUCCCGCUUUUUUGUGUUCACACAGUUUCCCGCCCGCCCUUGCCGCCACCCUUCCCGCCACUCCUUCCCGCCACCAUCUCCCGCCAAUUUUAUCCCGCCAGUCCUUCCCGCCACCAUCUCCCGCGCUGGUGUCGAAUUUUAGCCUAUAAAAGCAGGCAGCGCUACUCUGGAUUGCACAAGUUCUUGUAUCUCUAUCUUUGUGAUGUUUGCUCACUGUUAGCCAUCAUGAGUGUGCCGUGCUCUGACCCGGAUUUUAGGCCGGUGAAGGCGAAGGCUGCAAGUUUACCCCCCGGUGUGACUGCGGAGCGUUGUUGGUGCGGCCGUGUUGCUAAGGUUAAGCAGGUGGAGGAUUUCUCCGACAAGUUCGGCAUGAAAUUUUUCAUGUGUGCGAGCUAUGAGCAUGAUCCACCCCGUAGUUCAGCUUCGUCGUCCACCAGGCCGCCGUCUCCCCUGCCCCUAUGCAAAUGGUUUCACUGGAUAGACACGGAGCAGCCGGAUUGGGCACGCGAGGAGGUUGAGGAGAAACAGCGCCGUGCGUGGGCAACGUUCUUUGAGGAGGAGCGUUGGGAAAAGGUCCGUGCUAAUGAGAAAGCAGAGCGAGAGAGGCAGAUACAGAAACUAAGGACGGAACAAGCUCGUAAUCGAGAGGUGAAUCAGAAUAGGAUGGAUGAUGAGGCUGCACGUAGGUUUGCAGAGGAAGAGGUGCGCAGGGAGGCUCGUGAAGCGGAGAGGAAGAGACUAAGGAAAAGAGCUGCUGAAGCGCAAGCGGCGGAAGAACGCGGCGACAAGUCUGGAAAAUGGCCACGGUGGACGCAGGGAAAUUUUAGUAUUAUUGUUUCCCGCCUAAUUUUUCCUGCUCAGUUUUUCCCGCCUUUACCCCCGCCGUAA